AUGGGGAUAGUGUGGUUUGGAUUGUUGUUGUUGUUGCUGCUAAGUCAGGUGACAUUGGAGCAGAUUGAGCCACUGAGUUCCCCCGAGGAGCGAGAAUCGUUGCUCGAACUGAGGGCUUCUCUGGGGUUGAGGAGCAGGGAAUGGCCAAGAAAGCCAGACCCUUGUUUACUCUGGGUUGGCAUCACAUGCCAGAAUGGUCGAGUCGUUGGGAUCAAUAUCUCUGGGUUUAAAAGAACCAGACUUGGGAGGACGAACCCGCAAUUUGCAGUGGAUGCUUUGGCCAAUUUCACUCUCUUGCAGUCCUUCAAUGCCUCCACUUUCCUCCUUCCUGGCCCUAUCCCUGAUUGGUUUGGUCUCUCCCUUCCUUCUCUCAAAGUGCUUGAUCUUCGUUCUUGUUCCAUUGUUAAUGCUAUUCCCUCCACUCUUGGCAAUUUGACCAACCUCACUAGUCUCUAUCUCUCUGACAACAAACUCACUGGGAAUGUUCCCGAGUCUUUGGGUCAACUCUCUGCCCUUUCGGUUCUUGAUCUUUCCAGGAAUUCUCUUGCUGGCACCAUCCCAACGUCUUUUUCCCUUCUUGGGAAUCUUUCCUCCCUUGACAUGUCUGCCAAUUUUUUGUUGGGGCCUAUUCCCCCUGGCAUAGGGUCUCUUUCCAGAUUACAGUACUUGAAUCUUUCCAACAAUGGACUUGUUUCUUUGCCUGCCCAAUUGGGAGGUCUCGCUAGCUUAGUUGACCUUGAUCUUAGUAAGAAUUCUUUUGCCAGUGGCGGGCUGCCUCCGGAUUUGGCUGGGUUGAGGAACUUGCAGCGGAUGAUACUUGCAAACAGCAUGCUCACUGGAGUUCUGCCGGGGAGAUUGUUUACUGGUUCAUUGCAGCUGCAAUUCCUAGUGCUGAGGCAGAACAAUUUCAGUGGUUCUUUGCCUGUUGAGUUGUGGUCUCUGCCAAGAUUGAGCUUCCUUGAUGUGUCUGCCAACAACUUCAGUGGUCUGCUUCCUAAUUCGAGUUCGGCUGCUAAUGUUACAGUUGCAGUGCUCAAUAUUUCGCAUAAUAAGUUUUAUGGAGGUCUCACUCCUGCUUUAGGAAGGUUUGGUUUUGUUGAUAUUUCAAACAAUUAUUUUGAGGGUAAGGUUCUGGAUUUCAUGCAUAAUGUAUCUCUGGAUAGCAACUGUCUCCAGAAUGAGACAAAUCAGAGGUCAACGGUGGAAUGUGCAUCAUUUUAUGCAGAGAGGGGGCUCGGUUUUGAUAAUUUUGGUCAGCCGAACACGACAAAACCUCCUGCCUCUGAAAGCUCCAGAAAGAGCAAUAAGACUAAGAUUAUAUUGGCUGCAGUGCUGGGUGGGGUGGGUUUAAUCGCACUUAUGGUGUUGCUAGUCGUUUUGUUGCUUCUGUGUGCUCGUAAGAGGGGUAACUCAAAUCAGAGAGGAAAUGGUGUGGGUCCUGCUCCUGUUGGAAGCAGUCCUCCAAACCCUGGUGUACCAAUAGAAUUUCCAAAGGUAGGAGACUCGUUUACAUAUCAUCAGUUGCUCCAGGCAACAGGAGAUCUCAAUGAUGCAAAUCUUAUAAAACAUGGCCACACUGGGGACUUCUUCAAUGGUGUUUUGGAAAGUGGGAUUCCUGUCGUCAUCAAAAGGAUCGACAUGCGGUCUGCUAAAAAGGAGGCUUACCUGUCGGAAUUGGACUUCUUCAAUAAGGUUUCUCAUCCGAGAUUUGUUCCAUUGUUAGGUCAUUGCUUAGAAAAUGAGAACGAGAAAUUUCUGGUUUAUAGAAACAUGCCAAAUCGGGACUUGUCUAAUUGUUUGUACUACAAAAACACUACAUCUGAAGAUGGUACUUUGCAAUCUCUAGACUGGAUAACCAGGUUAAAAAUUGCUACUGGGGCGGCAGAGGCCCUGUCGUAUCUACAUCAUGAAUGUAUUCCACCCAUUGUUCACAGGGAUAUUCAAGCAAGCAGUAUACUUCUAGACGACAAAUACGAAGUUCGGUUAGGGAGUCUAAGUGAAACCUGUGCUCAAGAAGGUGAAAUUCAUCAAAGUAAAAUCACCCGGUUUCUGCGGUUUCCUCAGUCCUCUGAUCAAGGCACAUCUGGUUCUUCGACAACAAUUUGUGCCUAUGACGUUUAUUGCUUUGGAAAAGUUUUACUUGAACUGGUGACGGGUAAGUUGGGAAUGAGUGCAGCCAGUGACACGGAAGUAAGGGAAUGUUUUGAUCAGAUUCUACCUUACAUUAAUAUGAAUGAGAAGGAGCUUGUGACGAAAAUUGUGGAUCCAUCGAUGGUAGUUGAUGAUGAUUUCCUAGAGGAAGUAUGGGCUAUAGCCAUUGUGGCCAGAUCUUGUUUAAAUCCGAAACCUACAAGGAGACCCCCAAUGAGAUAUAUUCUCAAGGCUUUGGAAAACCCUUUGAAAGUGGUGAGGGAAGAAAGUUCCAGUUCUGCACGGCUUAGAGCAACCUCUUCCAGAGGUUCUUGGAAUGCUGCUACUUUGUUUGGGAGUUGGCGUCAGAGUUCUUCUGAUGUAACAGCAACUCCAGCAGCCUCUGGUACAAAACUAGAAAGAGCUAGUAGUUUAAAGCUGUCAGGAACUACCGGCUCACAGUCACAGGGUAGUUUCCACAACGGCGGCGGUGAGAUGUCGUCGUCACGGAGACGACACUCAAAGGAGAUAUUCCCGGAGCCAUCUGGCAGUCAUGAUGUAGAGAGGUUGGAGCUGGAGUAG